GCAGAUGAUUGAUUGGGUAUCUUGAAGUGAAAAUUAUAAGCAAUUUUGAUAUUAUCAUGACUUGUUCUGCUUGAAUACGCUUGGCGCGGUCGCCAUAUUUGAACGGUGUGUGCCAUGCAAUCUGAAGUGUGUUCGGUGAACAACAGGGAUAAAAUCAUACUCGGAUUGACUGAGAGUCGAGUUUUAGAACGCACUUCUGGGAAGCUGAGUGGAGGAGGAGGGCCGGGGAGGCAUCAGGUGCUGGCGGAGCAAUCUUGGAUUAACGUCGCUACAACUCCGCCGCUGCGCAUCAUAUCGAAAUCUAUUACCGCAGCUGAUUUUAUACCUGGUCUUGAGAUCCAUCACAGAUGGGCCGAACUGCGAGAAGUCAUUAUCCCGGCGAUGAAUCAUAGCGCUAAUAAAUCUCAUUGUCAGCAAAGCUGGUCUUCUAGUACCUGCGGUCGAACGUCGAUAUCCGAUUCUCCUCCCAGACACUCCAUACGCGAACUUAAGAAAAUCUGUGGCUUCGCGGAACUACGAACACAAAGAUCUGCGGCUUUGCGAGAGUACGAGAGUACGAGAGUAACCGAGGAUCCGUGGGAUCGAAGAUCUAACAACCGCGAAUUCACGGCGUUGUGGAGAACCGUGAAAUCGGAGAGCCCCGAAACCGAGCGAGCGCGUUUGUCCAUCCUUGAAGAAUACCGGCCACGUCCUCUAUCCUUCCAAAGGAUACUGAAUAAUGGAGGAGCGAGUGAGGAGGUCGGAAAGCAGGAGGAGGAGGAGGAGGAGGAUAUCUCACGAGUUCUCGAGAGGGACCGGCGCGGUUCGAAACGGCGCACGGCGGGGCCCCGAAAACGCCGUGCCGGGCAGAACGCAGAACGUAGUGGAUGCUAA